CAUCAAUUUGCUGCUUAGCUUAAGUUUAAUCGAUUGAAUUUGAUCGACUUUCGAUUGUUGGUGUGUUGGCAUUAUUCAUUUCAUUUUCUGGUUUGGCUUACCUGGUUUGAUUGUUUGUUUGGAUUGAUCAUAAUGAAAAUUUCCUUAGUAAUUUUAAUCAAUUUAUCAAUCUUUUUCAUAUUGAUUGAUGGAUUGAAAAUUCAAAAUCAUCACCACCAACAUCAUCUUUCAUUGGCACAACCAUUGUCGUUGAAAUAUAGCAAUUUUCAAGUAAAAUAUUUUCAACAAAAAGUUGAUCAUUUUAGUUAUUCAAAUAAUGAUACAUUUGAACAACGUUAUAUAAUCUCUACGGAACAUUGGAAAUCGCCAAAUGGUCCAAUUUGGUUUUAUGCCGGUAAUGAAGGUGAUAUAUUUACAUUUGCUAAUAAUACUGGUUUUAUGUGGGAUAAUGCAAAAAAAUUCAAUGCAAUGAUUAUAUUUAUGGAACAUCGUUAUUAUGGUGAAUCAAUGCCAUAUGGUAAAAAAUCAAUGCAAAAUUUAUCAAUGGCCGGUUAUUUAACUGUUGAACAAGCAUUAGCUGAUUAUGCUGAUUUUAUUGUUGAUAUUCAUAUGACUAUUAAUGGUGCACGAUCAAGUCCAGUUGUUAUAAUGGGUGGUAGUUAUGGUGGUAUGCUUGCAGCAUGGUUUCGUAUAAAAUAUCCACAUCUUUGUGUCGGUGCAUUAGCUGCAUCGGCACCAAUUCUACAAUUUCCCGAUAUUUAUGAUUGUGAAGGUUAUAAUCGUAUUGCAACAAAAGAUUUUACAAAUUAUUCACCAAAAUGUUCCGAAUCAAUAAGAAGAUCAUGGUCAGCAAUACGUCGUUUAGCUAAAACAAAUGAUGGACGAAAAUUUCUUUCCGAACAAUUUCAAUUAUGUGAAGAAUUUCCUGAACAACAAGUACAAACAUUGAUUGAUUGGAUAGCUAAUAUUUGGGGAACAUUACCGAUGAUUGAUUAUCCAAAUCCAGCUGAUUUUCUUUCAAAAUUACCAGCUUAUCCAAUCAAAGUUGUUUGUCAAUAUUUAACCGAACCAGAUUCAAAUGAUAAACAAUUAAUACAAUCAAUUGCAAAAGCUAUAUCCGUAUAUACAAAUUAUACAGGUGAUACUGAAUGUAAUAAAAUUAAUGAAUCAAAUGAUCGUUUAGGUACAAAUGCAUGGGAUUUUCAAGCAUGUACCGAAAUGGUUUUACCCGAAUGUUCAAACGGUGUUGAUGAUAUGUUUGAACCAGAAAAAUGGACAUUUGAUGAAUUUUCUGCCGGUUGUCGACAAAAAUAUGGUAUCAAUUCAGAUCGAUAUAAAGCAUUAAUAAUGUUUGGUGGUAAACAUAUUAGUCAUACAGCAACAAAUAUUAUAUUCAGUAAUGGUUUAAGAGAUCCAUGGAGUGCUGGUGGUGUACUUGAAACACUUUCCGAUACAUUGAUUGCAAUAAAAAUACCGGGUGCUUGUCAUCAUGAAGAUCUUCGUUCACAAGGACCAAAUGAUCCGAAAAUUUUAUUAGAAGCACGUGAACAAGAAUUACAGAUUAUUGGUGAUUGGUUACAAUCAUAUUAUGAACAAAAUCAAAUUGAAUUUAAAUUUUAAACAAAAACAUUUAUUUUUAUUUAUUUCAAUCUAAAAAAUGAAUG